CCAUGACAGCCCAGUGAUCACCUGACCCUCCUGACGUGUGGAUGUAGGCGGCCCUCUCUCCGUGCAUGUGACUGGGCGUACCGUGUCCAUAUACUCCACCCAUAGAUCACGAGCUCUCUAAGUGACCCCUAAGUGACCCUUGACCUUUCCACCUCGGGCCCAGGGUGAAUAAGUGAGCCGGGGAGACGCUACGGAGAGAAAUAUUGGGAGAGUGUGACCCGCCGCCCGCCCACAAGACAGAUUUGAAAGCUUAUUAUUUUUAAGCUUCAGUUUUAAGACGAAUAAAAUACAAGUGUUGAAGUGGUGCCUAAGUGACCCUUGUGGCAUUACUAAUAUACGCUAAAUAGAUCAAGAGGGAGAAUUGACGGACAUUGUAAUUAAGAGGAAAAAUCAACAUUCUCAGAAGAAAUAUUUGACUCGUAAACAUCACUUAUAAGGCGAAUAAGAUAAAGUAUAAGUGUUGAAGUGGUGCCUAAGUGACCCUUGUGGCAUUACUAAUAUACGCUAAAUAGAUCAAGAGGGAGAAUUGACGGACAUUGUAAUUAAGAGGAAAAAUCAACAUUCUCAGAAGAAAUAUUUGACUCGUAAACAUCACUUAUAAGGCGAAUAAGAUAUAGUAUAAGUGUGGAAGUGGUGUCAAGAGGAAGAAUUGACGGACAUUGAAAUUAAGAGGAAAAAUAAUUAUACUCGUGAAUAAUAAUAAUAAUAACUUAAUACUGAUAAUAAUAAUAAAAGGAAAGGAAGACAGUGGAUUCAGCGUAAUAAUAUCAUACAUAAUUGUGACAUCAAGUUUGUGCUAGAAAAAAACAAACUACAAAAAUAACAAGAACAAGAACAUAACUGGUGGUAUUACAACAGUAAAAAAGAAGUGAUAACCGAACGUUUCUAUAUAACAUUACAACUUGACUCGUGACAUUGGCAGUGUAACAUCGUAAAACAAGACCAACAGUGAUCGUAAUUCGUAACAAGUUUAUCACAUGCAAAGAUCUGUAGUGAGAUAAUAAUAAUAACAAGAACAAGAAGAGUAAUAAUCAAAACAGGAGGAAAGUAAUGGAUAACUAGGACAAGAAGGGAGAGGAAGAAGCAGAGAAAAAGAAUCACAUAGGCCUAUACCACAAAUACUAACCAAGGAAGAGAAGGAAAAAAAGUGACAGGAAGAAGAAACGGAGACUGCACAUGACACAGACUACACAGACACUCAUAGCAGGUGUAGCAGCUUCGGCAGUAGCAUACAACCCCCCAGUGACACUAACUCGACAGUACGGUAACUAAGAACAGCUCCCAUAUGCCGCAGCUCACAGCAUCCACAGCAUAACAAGUGUCAAUACCCAUACCAGUAACAGCAGGAGUAGUAAACACCAGCAAGAACAGCAUCUUCCAUAUGUCACACGCCACAGCAUCCACCACAGCGUAACGUCUUCAAUGCCUCCACACAACAUACAGAACAGGAACUCCCUCAAGCUUCACGAGAUGGAAGACGACUCCCUUCGCGGCAACUUGUCCCACCAGGAGCUUCUGCAGGGCCAGGAACCCAAUGUGGUGGUGGUGUCUGGUGGAGGAGGAGGAGGAGGAGGAGGUGGAGAGAGUGAUUCCUCUUCCACCACUCCUCGUGAAUCCAGAGUGACCAAGAAACAGAUUGCUACCGUGGCCAUCCUCUGCUAUGUCAACCUCAUCAAUUACAUGGACAGGUUCACCAUAGCGGGCAUUCUCGGGGACAUCCAGAAGUGCUUCAACAUCAGUGACUCCCAGGCCGGGCUGCUACAGACUGCCUUCGUGCUGGUGUACAUGCUGGUGGCUCCCCUCUUUGGCUACCUGGGCGACCGCUUCUCCAGAAAGUACCUCAUGGCUGUGGGACUGUUCUUUUGGAGUCUGGCAACGCUGGUCGGCUCCUUCAUGCCUACAUACGGGUUGUUCCUCCUGUUCCGCUGCCUGGUGGGUGUGGGUGAGGCCAGCUACUCCACCAUUGCCCCCACCAUCAUCUCCGACCUCUUUGUCCGUGACACGCGCUCCAAGAUGCUGGCACUCUUCUACUUUGCCAUCCCCGUCGGAAGUGGCAUGGGGUACAUCGUGGGUGCUGAGGUCAUGGAGAUUGCCAAGGUCAGCGCGGAUGACCUGGUUGCUUGGCGGUGGGGCCUGCGCGUCACCCCUGUCAUGGGCCUCCUCGCGCUGGUGCUCAUCCUCUUCUUCAUCCAUGACCCCCCGCGUGGCAGCAGUGAGGGCGGCCAGCACCUCCAGGUCACCUCCUUCUGGGGUGACCUCAAGUACCUCUUCUUAAACAAGAGUUUUGUGUUGUCGACGAUCGCCUUCACGUGCGUCACCUUCGUUGCCGGGGCGCUCGCGUUCUGGGGGCCACUCUUCACCCAGCUGGGGGUCAAGAUUCAGGACCACCCCAACGCCAAGGAGGACGAUGUGUCAUUUGUGUUCGGUGCCAUCGCUAUGUCCGCCGGCCUGCUGGGUGUGCCUUUGGGGUCCUACGCCGGCCAGAAGCUUCGAGUCAAGCUGCCCUAUGCCGAUCCUCUGGUGUGUGGCGUUGGUCUCCUGGCCUCGGUGCCGCUGAUCCUCGGUGCCUUGAUACUUGCCGAAUGGAACACUGUGGGCUCCUACGUGGUGGUGUUCUUCGGGCAGAUCUUCCUCAAUCUCAACUGGGCCGUGGUGUCGGAUAUUGUGCUGUACAUUGUGAUACCCACCAGAAGGUCGUCAGCGGAGGCAUUCCAGAUCCUCUUCUCCCAUGCCCUUGGUGAUGCCGGCAGCCCCUACCUCAUUGGCAUUGUUGCCGAUGCCUUCAAGCCUUACAUCCACGUCCAGAAUGGCACCACCACCUUCCUGCCCUUGACCACAAUAGACCCGACCUUUGACCUUGACUUAAACGCGACCUCUGCUGACCUCUCUGACCUCUCCGACCCGCCCACUCCAGACCCCAACGAGGAUUUCAUCAACUUCAAGUCCAAGCAAUACGCUAUGUUUCUCUGCACCAUCGUCAAUGUGCUGGGUGCCGUCUUCUUCUUCUGGUCGACCUGCUACAUCGCCGCAGACAAGGAGAGGUGCGACAGGACCAUAGCAGGCUCAGCACCCAGGAAGGAGCGAGAGCCCAGCACCAGCUCCAGCACGGCCAGCAGCAGAAGUCUCGCCUCCCCUGUAGAGCCACGAGAAGAUGAAGAAGAGGAAGCACAAAAACAAAGUCUGUUAACCUGAUUCCUCAAGUCCCUGCCCACACAUCCUAACCUGCCCUACACUAGCCUACCCCAGCCAUGACCGGCCUCCUAGGAAGACAGAGCAAGAAGAGGAAGAGGAGGAGGAGGAAGGGCAACAACAAGGCCUACAUAUGUGAUUCCUCAACCUCCCCUACACACACACACACACGUACACCACGCACACACACACACAUACACCAUGCACACACACACACACAUCACGCGCACACACACCACACCACACACACACACAUAUACACCACGCACACACACACACACACACACACACACAAGUUAAUCUAAGUCACUCCAUACCACUCAGCCCUCAACAUCUGCAGGUCCUUUCUUUAGCAUUCAAGCAGCCCUCACUUCAAGGAUGGGUCUGGUUCCUUCAAAUUCCUAGAGAUAGGGAUUUUACAACAAACAACCUAACUUAUUUGAAUCUCAGUAAUAAAGGUGGGCUGCUUCCUAAGGCCCUCACCCCUGGAAAUCAAGUAGGGUGUGAUAACAGCCUACAGUGGUGUGAAAAGAUUGUGUACACUGUGUUGUCCGCAUAAGAACUGUGUGCAAACUGAGGCUUGCUUGAACGCCAUCCAAGCUAAACUUAUCGUAGACUUAUGUACCCUAACCUUAUAUUUGCCAUCCAACAACCACACUACACACACACACACACACUCACACAUCUUUUGCCUUUAAGUAUUCAUGCCACACCCACGUCUGUGAUAUCAUGGGAGGUGAUGUCAGUGAAUGGUUUCUACGAUGUCCAUUGAUUGAAUAUAUAUAUAUAUGUUUGUAUAUAUUUUGGACCACACCAACACCAUCACCGCCGCUCUCAUAUAACUUUACGGGGUAGUCUGCUGUUAGUUCACGUGUAUGCGCGUACGCUCUUACUCACACGCCGCACCUGUGGUUCAGAGGACUAAGAUUAUGCCCGGGCAGGAGGAGGUUUGAGACCUGCUUAAGAUGAAAGAUUUUUCCACGGUCAAGGAGCAGUUAGUGUCCCUCCUUGAUCAAGUGGGAGGCUGUGUGGGGUGUGUCAAGGUGCUAAGGUGCUGCCAGUACCCAGACAUUGACAGUAAAGUGUUCCUGCUGACAGGAUCAGUUAGUGUUCCCCUUUGAGCAAGGAGUAUGUGUGAGGGCCGGCCGUGCCCACAGAUCCUUCAGUGUGUAACCCCAAGCUCUGUUGGGGAGUGCUGGCUGGUGACCAAGAGUCUAGCAUGUGAUCAGGCAGGUGGUGAAUGACACACUGCAGUAUACUGGCAAUGCUGACUGCCAUUAACAGUUUUUGAAUAAACUUGAAAUUCCAUAUCACUUUUUUUUUCUUUUGGGGAGCAGUAAUCUCGUGGGCCUUUUUUUUUUUUUUUUUCACUGCUUCCUCAUAUGCAGUAAGCCAGGAGGUACCCAUCAUAUCACAGUCCCCAGCAUCCAGUGUUCCUGAAGCACUCCCCCUCCCUCAUCUCAAACACUUAUAUACAUCAUUAUUUUCCUGCUGUUGGUCAUCCUAGCCACCAAUAUAGAAACCAUCAACUUCUGCCAGUCAGCGUCCGUGCCAGGAAAGGUGCCGACUGAGUGGGCAAGUCUGGCAGAGGCUGGAUCAUGGCAGCCAGCAGUGUUGUGAGAGAGACAGGACCUGGGGACUCAGAGACACCUGUUUGUAAUGUCUUGCCAAAGGGAUGUACGUACAGUGAUGGCAAUGUAAGGGUGGAAGGAAACAGAAUUCUCAAGUAAGAAAGGGAAGAGGACCAAGCGUAUUAGAGGCAAAGAACCUGCAUAUCGUUACUGAGAAAUAGCGUAAUAAAGGUGGGGAUUAGUAGCAUUACCUUUUUUUAUAAUGCCAUGUGGAGGUGGUGGGCCAGUUCCUUACUCUGCUGCUGUGUGUGUGUGUGUGUGUGUGUGUGUGUGUGUGUGUGUGUGUGUGUCAGGAAUUCCCGUUUGUGACUAUAACUUUCUCUGACUCAGGGAGAAAAAUAUGCAAUGGACACCUGAAGCCUAUUUACAGUAGUGCCCCAUAUAGUGCGAGAUCAGAGUGCCAGGUUGAUGAGGAGUGCCAGCUCAAAACAUUCAAGCAAGGGUCAAAUACUGCAGCCCAUAGCUUACCUGUAUCAAAUAAUGCAAGUGUGAAGGGAAUGCAAAGUUGCCCCCCCAAAAAAAUAUUCAGAAAUGUUUUUUUUGAAUGGGCAUAGACCAAAUAAUUGUGAAGGAAAGGGAGUGCAAGGUUGACCCCCUGAAAACUGAUAAGAAAUGUUCCUUUUGCAUGAGUAUAGACCAAUAAAUGAAUGUGAAGGGAAGGGAUUGCAAAGUUGCCUCCCUAAGAAAUUGAUAGAAAUGGGUCUUUUGCAUGAGUUUAGACCAGUAAAUAAUUAUAAAAGGAAGGGAGUGCAAAGUUGACCUCCUGAAAACUGAUAAGAAAUGUUCCGUUUACAUGAGUAUAGACCAAUAAAUAAAUGUGAAGGGAAGGGAUUGAAGGGCACUCAUGCUAAAUAUAUGUGUUGAGAUGCUGCAUGGAAUGAUUCUGGGCCCACAAAAUCCAUGGAAGAAUUGAGAUGAUGCUCUCUCUGUCUGUAUGUCAAAGGCGGGUGAUGUUUCCUAUGAUUCUGUGUGUGUGUGUGUGAGAGAGAGAGAGAGAGAGAGAGAGAGAGAGAGAGAGAGAGGGAGAGGGAGAGAUAACAGAUUAGAGGGGGAGACUAGCAUCCUUUAUACAUUUUUUGUGUGCAUGUAUGAAUGGUUGUAUCUGUGUAUGUAUUUAUAUUUUGUGUACAAUGUAAAUAGCUGGGAAAUGUUUCUGGAAAUACCUCAAUUUUUAUAUUUCCUGACCAUUCACAAACUGGACCCAUUUUGUCACUUGUUGGGGGGACAGUUUUUAGACCCCACACUGAAAACACACACACACACACACACACACACACAAGAACAAGAGAACAUGAGUUUAAGUUGAAAAGCGUAGAUGCAAAAAAAAGUAAAGUAAUUCCGAUUCUCUCAAAAAAAAUUGACAACAGAGGAGUUUAGAUUUAUGGGUCUAAGAAUGAGUUGGAUAAAUAUGGAUAUGGAAGCUGAACAACACACACACACACACACACACACACCAGCACAUUUCUCAGUCCAUAGAUAAGUUUUCUAUCUGCCUUGGGGUCCCAUCACGUUGUUUUGUACAUAGCGUGUGUUUGUGUGUGUGUGACUUUCCUGCUGCCUCUCGAUGGGAUGCAGCAGUCUUGUAAGCAUCAUAGACUGUGGAAAUAAAGCAUCAUUAUAUUGUA